UUGUUUCACUCGCAGUAGCGUCUAAAGCAAUUCUCUUCACAAACGGCACAAUCAUACCACCCAAUAAUGGAUUCUAAGAUCGAAGUCGGGCAGGAGAACAUUUAUUUCGAAAUGGAGUCCAAACAGAAAGAUGACGCCGGAACCUAUGAUGAUAUAAUUCCCAGAAACGACCCUCCUCACGCAAAGCCAAACGUAGAAGCCCAGCCGUGUAAAGAUUUUGCGACAGUGAAACAUCACCGAUUAUUCUUUAUCGCAUCUGCCAUUGCCGUUGCGUCACUCUUAACAGCCCUUGCCACUUUGGUUUUAGCGGUGGCAGUGAUGGCGUCACGGAGCGAAGUUUCGACAGAUACGUCACAGCUUGAAAAGAAGGUUCAGGAGUUAGAAAGACGCCUCUCGGCCGUAGAGAAAAAUUCGAAGGUAAAAAACCAUGAUGCAUCAAUGUUGGUCGAGUCCAGGUUACUGAAUGACCUUGAGACGUACGCUUUCUCUCCAACGGGCCAGGCAAUGUGCAUUUACGGUGAUCCAGCAUACCCUCAUUGUGUGCACCUGCAGAAGCCAUUUCAACGUGGAGUGCUGACAAAUCAGAUACAGCAAUUUAAUAAGUCCAUGAGUAAAGUUCGCUCCUCUGUUGAGUGGAUUUUUGGGGACAUCAUUAACUGUUUCAAAUUUUUAGAUUUCAAGAAAGACUUGAAGUUGGGUCUGAGUCCUAUUGGUAAAAUGUACAUAGUUUGUACCUUACUUAGGAACGCACUAACUUGCUUCUAUGGUAACACAACUUCUGAUUUUUUUCCAAUUGGACCCUCCCUCUUUUCAAGAUUACCGUAUUUUCUCGAUUAAACGUGCCCGGCGUUUAAUUAAAAAUCGGCAGUGUUGACCCAACGUUUUUUUCUAGGCCGGCGUCUAAUCGGGGUCUGGUGUUUAUUAAUGAAAGGCAAUUUUCUGCCAUUUUUCAAGCUUAAUUUAUUAUUACCAAUCCUUGGAAACCUAAGGGCAGUUUGUCAGUGCUGGACGAUUUUUCCCUGGAUUACCCGAAGUUACAGUAUUAUGGUACCGUACAUGCGGCACGUGUACCACGUUGCAAUCUGUAUCACUAACUAUCACUAUUUCUAUCACUGCCGGUACACUGUAAUUGUACGCCAGUUCUAAUCCAUAUAAAUGUCAAGUUCUAAGAUGUUAACGCCCUGCGGGGUAUGGCUUCCUGUAAAGUGCCUGGUGUGGUCACAUAUACAACGCAAGGAUCUGCUCGGUUUUUUUUUUCUGUUAAACAUUUGAGCUUUAUCCUGUACAAUGUAAUACGGUACGCUAUUAUACGAAUGGAAAAUCCAGGAACCGAGGAAACAUUUGAAUUUGAUUGCUAUGUGCGGGGGUACCACGUUACCGAAAAACACUGGAAAGAUAUCGCGAUCGGUAAAGGUCUUACCGUAUGCUAUGAAGAAAACAACAAGUACGACCCAUGUGCAAUGGCUGUUUAUCGUGGGCAUGGACCUGGUAACGAAAGGAUAAAUGUCGGGCAUAUACCCAUCGAGCUAUCAUCGACCCUUUGCUUCUUCGUCAAACUGAUGGAGGGAAUAUUUCAACUAAAGUGAGACAGAAAAACUAUCGAGGAAGCAAUUUGGAACAAGGUGGCCUUGAAGUCCCUAUUUCAUUGCAAUGCGCGCGUCAGGGACAGUUUACCCCUCCGAUUCCCCCUUGUGCGGAUCGCGGGAAUUUUUGCUACAAUGUGCUCGAAAAAUUUUGUUGCGCGCUGUUUUGUGUGUAGGCGAAAGUUUGUUUCUUCGAUCAUCUUUUACCUUUUGAUGUUGACGUUUUAUUUGAGCCUGGAGAUGCCCAAAAAUAUCGCGAUUUACUCCCGGAGAGGACAACACAUGAAGAGACUGAAACAACUUAUAAACAAACGCUGGAGGGAUCCUCGCGGUUCAAAGGACAAUGAGCUCUACAAUACAAGAAAGAACGUACGUCAAUAAUACAACAUGAACACGGAUACAUUGUUAUGUUUUAUAUCGCUGUGCAGCAACUAUCCCAGUUAUACUACGCCGGUAUUUUUCCUUUGAACGUUUAUUAAGAAAUUAAUUAAUAAAAUCUUCCUUUUGCCACUAUAUUGCUAUUUUCAUGUCUCUAACUAUACAAGCUGUUAACUAGUUAUGAUAUUAGUAAAAAUAGAAAGUUUUGUGUUAAUAUUAGUAAAAAACAGGGAUUUAAAAGGGGAGGGUAGUUGUCAAAAGCCUUGUAGGGCACAAUUUGGGAUUAGAACACAAAGUGCAAUUAACAGCUUUUAAAUUAUCAGGUAAGUGCAAAAAGUUUCGGGCUCAGCAAGACCAGUGCCAACUGGCUACUUGCCCCAGGGUGCUGGAGGGCAAUGAGAAUGCUUGUCACUUGACUUAUGGUUGCCCAAAGCCUAACCCAACUGUAACCCUAACCCUAAACUGUAAUCC